GUGAAGGCCCAUCAGGAAAGUUUACUGACAGCUUACCCAGCAUGGGGCAGGGCUUCCUGACCCCCUGACUGACCUCCAGAAGUCACAACCUGCCUGUUGAGGGGAAGCCUGUGAAGGGGCACAGCAGCCCACAGGGAGAAACCAGGCCGAGCAGCUGUGUGGGAGCAAGCCUGCAUCUGAGGGUCCCUGGGCGUACCUCAUGGACUUCCAGACCGGUUCACGCCUGCAGCUUGCUGAGCCUGAAGGAGACGGAGUUGCGUGGCAUUUACAGCAGAGGAGAGAAGCUGCUUCUGUCUUCUUCAUGCACCCGUCUGCAGGAACAGAACAUGCGAGUCUAUUCCCCACCUCUGGGCCGUUCGUUUGUCUCCUCUGCCUGGACACUCUUCCCUGAGAGCUUACUUUGUCUGGCUACCUCUCAUCCUUCAAGUCUAAGCUCAAAGGUCACCUCUCAAAGAUGCUUGCCCUGACCACCAAUCUAAAUAAGACUGAACGAAAUGAAACCAGGACACUUAUGGCUGCAUCUCAUGCUGCUUGGGGUUUCCUUGCCAGCUGCACUGGGGUGGAUGGACCCAGGAACCAGCAAAGGCCUGAACAUGGGUGUGGGUGACUCACAGGCAGAGGAGUCCAGAAGCUUUGAAAUCACAAGAAGAGAAGGACUUUCUGGCCACGACAGGCUGCCAGCAUCCUGUGGGAAGAAGUUCUGCAGCCGUGGGAGCAGGUGCAUGCUCAGCAGAGAGACGGGGGAGCCCGAAUGCCGGUGCCUGGAAGCAUGCAGGCCCAGCUACAUGCCUGUGUGUGGCUCCGAUGGGAGGUUUUAUGAGAACCAUUGUGAGCUCCACCGUGCUGCUUGCUUGCUGGGGAGGAAGAUCAUCAUCGUCCGCAGCAAGGACUGCUUCCUUAAAGAUGACCCGUGCACCAUGGCCGACUAUGCCCGCCUGAAGAAAGUCCUUCUGGCGCUCCAGGCCCGCCAGCGGCCACUCCCAGAUGAGGACAGCCGACAAGACCCUGCCUCUCAGAAGCGCCUCCUGGUGGAAUCUCUAUUUGCGGACUUGGAUGCAGAUGGCGACGGCCACCUUAGCAGCUCGGAACUGGCUCAGCACGUGCUGAAGGAGCAGGACCUGGAGGAGGGCUUCCUGGGAUGCUCACCGGGUGACCUCCUCCGAUUUGAUGACUACAACAACGAUGGCUCCCUGACCGUCCACGAGCUCUACACAGCUUUCCAGGUGGUUCAGCUUACCCUCGCCCCUGAGGAUAGGGUCAGCGUGGCCACAGUGACCGUGGGGCUGAGCACGGUGCUGACCUGCGCCAUCCGCGGAGACCUGCGACCACCUAUCGUCUGGAAGCGCAAUGGGCUUACCCUCAACUUCAUGGCCUUGGAAGACAUCAAUGACUUCGGAGAGGAUGACUCCCUCUACAUCACCAAGGUGACCACCAUCCACAUGGGCAACUACACCUGCCACGCCUCCGGCCAUGAGGAGCUCUUCCAGACCCACGUCCUGCAGGUGAAUGUCCCGCCAGUCAUCCGUGUGUACCCGGAGACCCAGGCGCAGGAGCCCGGGGUGGCAGCCAGUCUGAAGUGCCACGCGGAGGGCAUUCCUAUGCCCAGAAUCACUUGGCUGAAAAACGGCAUGGACGUCUCAACCCAGAUGUCGAAACAACUCUCCCUUUUAGCCAACGGGAGCGAACUCCACAUCGGCAGUGUUCGGUAUGAAGACACGGGGGCGUAUACCUGCAUUGCCAAAAAUGAAGUGGGUGUGGACGAGGAUAUCUCCUCACUUUUCAUCGAAGACUCUGCUAGAAAGACCCGCCUCAGUGUGGGAAACAUGUUCUAUGUCUUCUCUGACGAUGGCAUUAUCAUCCUGCACCCCGCGGACUGUGAGAUCCAGAGGCACCUCAAACCCACUGAGAAGAUCUUCAUGAGCUACGAAGAAAUCUGUCCUCAAGUGGAAGGAAAUGGCACCCAGUCAUGCCAGUGGGCAUCGGCAGUGAACAUCAGGCACCGGUACAUAUACGUGGCCCAGCCAGCACUGAACAGAGUCCUCGUGGUUGAUGUGCAAGCCCAGAAAGUCCUACAGUCCAUAGGUGUGGACCCUCUGCCAGCUAAGCUGUCCUAUGACAAGUCUCAUGACCAAGUGUGGGUCCUGAGCUGGGGGGAUGUGCACAAGUCCCAACCAAGCCUCCAGGUGAUCACAGAAGCCAGCACCGGCCAGGGCCAGCACCUUAUCCGCACACCGUUUGCAGGAGUGGAUGAUUUCUUCAUUCCUCCAACAAACCUCAUCAUCAACCAUAUCAGGUUCGGCUUCAUCUUCAACAAGUCUGAGCCCGCAGUUCACAAAGUUGACCUGGAAACACUGGUGCUGCUCAAGACCAUCAGCCUGCAGAGCCACGGCUGCGUGCCACAGGCCAUGGCCCACACCCACCUGGGCGGCUACUUCUUCAUCCAGUGCCAACAGGAUGGCCCCGCUUCUGCCGCCCCCCAGUUGCUGCUCGACAGCGUCACGGACUCCGUGCUCGGCCCCAAUGGGGACGUGACUGGCACCCCACACGUGUCCCCCGACGGGCGCUUUGUGGUCAGCACUGCUGCCACCAGCCCCCAGUUGCACGUGCAGGAGAUCACACUGCAGGGAGAGAUCCAGACUCUCUCUAGCCUGAAAAUAAGCCAGGGCAUCUCCGACGUGGCCUUCCAGCACUCCUUCACCCACGGGGAUCAGUACUACAUCUACGCCCCCCUGGAGACAGAGCCAGACCUGCUGUUCCUGGAGCUGUCCACGGGGAAGACAGGCAUGCUCAAGAACUUGAAAGAGCCGCCCACGGUGCCCGCAUGGCCUUGGGGAGGGCCCCGCAGGAUCGUGAGGGACAGCGGGCUCUUCGGACAGUACCUGCUCAUCCCAGCCCAAGAGUCGCUGUUUCUCGUCAACGGGAGACAAAACGCGCUGCGGUGUGAGGUGUCGGGCAUAAAGCGGGGGACCACAGUGGUGUGGGUGGGCGAGGUAUGAAGGAGCCCGGGGCAGAGCCCUGGGCCACCGAGCACGGCCGAGUCCUCACACCGCAGCCCCAAGCAGGCGCCCUGUACAUUUUCACGGACAAAACCUGUAUCUGCUUUGUGGUUCAACACUGGCCUCCUUGCAAGUUUCCUAGUAUAAGGUAUGCGCUGCUAACCAGAUUGGGGUUUUUCGUUGGGAAGUAUGAUUUAUGCCUUGAGCUACGGUGAGAACACACGCUGCUGUGUAAAGGAAUCAUUUCUGUGCCCAGCUACACGCCAUGUUUCCUGGGGAACGCUGCGGAACCAAGAGCUCCUGCUUUGCAGGCUGACACUUGUGUCGGUUGCCUUCAUGUACUCAUUGUCCGUCACAGCCGGGUCCAGCCGACCUCCCCCCGAUGGAGCGGCCCCGAAGCCAGGCCUGGAAACUCAGUGCGAGCCCUGGCUUUCGCUCCAGGCAUGAGAGCCACGUCUGCCCUCAUUCCGGACCUUCUUUUCUCCUGCGCAGCCGCUUCAUGCUUUUUUUCCAUGUGACUUGGUGUAAGCCUGAGGGAGAUCCAGCCAGACUUCUUGCGUCUUGGGGGAUGGGG